CCGCCCGUGCCCGGCCCGCACGCGCCGCCCGGCCCGCUGCUCCCGCCUCGCUUCUACCCGCGCUACGUGCUGCCACUUGCCUUCGGCAAGUACUUCGCGUCCGUGUCGGCGCACGUCAGCAUCUGGAAGGUGCCCGUGUCCUAUGCGCAUACCGUCAAGGCCACCAUGCCCAUCUGGGUGGUCCUCCUGUCCCGAAUCAUCAUGAAGGAGAGACAGAGCACCAAGGUAUACUUGUCCCUCAUCCCCAUCAUCAGCGGCGUCCUGCUGGCCACUGUCACGGAGCUGUCUUUCGACAUGUGGGGGCUCCUCAGUGCCCUGGCAGCCACCCUGUGCUUCUCACUUCAGAAUAUCUUCUCCAAAAAGGUGUUGAGAGAUUCCCGGAUCCACCACCUCAGGCUGCUGAACAUCCUGGGCUGCCAUGCCAUCUUCUUCAUGAUACCCACGUGGGUUCUGGUGGACCUCUCGGCGUUCCUGGUCAGCAGUGACCUGACCUACAUCUCCCAGUGGCCCUGGACGCUCCUGCUCCUGGCCGUGAGUGGCUUCUGCAACUUUGCCCAGAACGUCAUCGCCUUCAGUAUCCUCAACCUCAUCAGCCCCCUGAGCUACUCGGUCGCCAAUGCCACCAAGAGGAUCAUGGUCAUCACUGUGUCUCUCAUCAUGCUGCGCAACCCGGUCACCAGCACCAACAUCCUGGGCAUGAUGACAGCCAUCCUGGGCGUCUUCCUGUACAACAAGACCAAGUAUGAUGCCAACCAGCAAGCCAGGAAGCACCUCCUCCCCAUCACGACAGGGGACCUGAGCAGCAAGGAACACCCCCGGGGCACACUGGAGAAGCCCCAGAACGGCCUCCUCUUCCCCCAGCACACAGACUAUCCGUAUGGCCGCAACAACAUCCUAACAGAUCACUUCCAGUACGGCCGGCAGAACUACCCAAACACGUACAGUUUGAACCGAUAUGAUGUGUAGAGUCGGGAGCACAGGGCUCCUUCCCCCACCCCCAGCAGUACUGGAAACUUCUGACAACCAGAAUGUAAAGCCGAAGGGACGCUGCAGAAUCAUGGGGUGUCCCCAGCCCCUGGCCUCCCAUGCUUCCAUGGGCAGCGAGAGGACCAGCAGAAGCAAAG